AGAGCUCCCUCCACAGAAAGUAAACAAUCAACUUAACGGGAAUAUUACUUGAGUAGGUUUUAAAAAGUAGACCUUAUUUGCAAACAACGACAACACGUAGUUACGUACCAAAUCCGGAGUGAGGGUUGAUCUCAGUAUGAGCAGGUUACGAUCAGCAACGCGCAAGGUUAAGACAGUCCUUGUUGACCAAACAGAUUCACCAAAUCCACUGCGGAUAAAGACAGAGGCGGCUGUGAAGAAAGAUCCCUGCACUGAUCCUCCGGCCGUGUCCGCAGUUCAUUCAUUUCCUAAUCCUACUGACAUCAGACUCUUCAGGAAACAUAUCCUGGACUGGUAUGACCACGGGAAGAGAGAGCUACCAUGGCGAACUCUGGCUCUGACCGAACCGGAUAUUGACACCAGGAUAUACGCGGUUUGGGUCUCGGAAAUUAUGUUACAACAGACACAGGUUGCCACAGUGAUCGACUACUACAACAAGUGGAUGAAGAGGUGGCCGACAGUACAUGACCUAGCUGCAGCCACAUUGGAGGAAGUUAAUCAGAUGUGGGCGGGACUUGGCUACUACUCACGGGGAAAGAGACUUUAUGAGGGAGCUCAGAAGGUGGUGACCCAGCUGGGAGGCGAGAUGCCAAGGACGGUUGAGUCUCUGAGACAUCUUCCUGGAGUGGGUCGCUACACCGCUGGAGCUGUUGGCUCCAUCGCCCUGGGAGAGGUGACAGGGGCUGUCGAUGGGAACGUGAUUCGGGUCCUCUGUCGUAUGCGGGCCAUAGGGGCAGACAGCACGGGUCCCGCUGUGACUGAAGCGCUGUGGUGCACUGCAAACAUACUGGUGUCUCCAGAGAGACCAGGGGACUUUAACCAAGCCAUGAUGGAGCUGGGGGCCAGGAUUUGUACCCCUAAAGCCCCCCUGUGUACCAUGUGUCCCGUCCAGUCCCAGUGCCACUCCUACAGAAAGGUACUUGUCAAACAAGAGGAAAACGCCACAAAGCUUCGGGGUAAUUCCAAAACGGUGCCUGAUAUAGAGGACUGUGGGACCACAUGUAACCUGUGCCCCACAGAUCCCUGGGACCCCAAGCUGGGCGUUCUGAACUUUCCCAGGAAGCCAACGAAGAAGGCUCCUCGUGUGGAGCGCACACUCACCUGUGUGGUUGCCCGGCCGACCCCGGCUGGGGACCGGGAGUACCUGCUCACCCAGAGGCCAAGCAAAGGGCUACUGGCUGGAAUGUGGGAAUUCCCCAGCCUGCUCCUGGAGGCAGAUGACUCGGAGUUGAAACAGAGGGGGGCGCUGAGUGCUGAGGUGGGCCGGAGGUUGGGAAUCCAGCUGGACAAAGGCCUGCUCCGGUAUUUGGGGGAGGUGGUGCAUAUCUUCUCCCACAUCCACCAGACCUAUGUUGUGUAUAGCGUGUGUUUGAGGGUCUCCAGAGAGGAAGUUGGUUGGGAUACGCAGGCCGGCAUCACACGCUGGCUCACUGGACCGGCUCUACACACGGCCGCUGUGUCCACUGGGGUCAAGAAGAUUAUCAAGUUGUAUGACUCUCUGGAGGGUCAAGAGGGACAAACUACCAAGGGGAAACGAAAACAAUCUAUGAACAUGAAGAGUGACAGAGAGCAGAAGUCUAAAAAGCUGAAAAACAAUUCCUUAAAUAACGGAACCAGACAACUGUCCCUCGGUUUGUUCAUCAAGAAAACGAAACCAGAAUCCUGACAGCUAGAUGUUUCAAAGUGGUUUAGUUACGUUCUGAGUGACAGUCACAAUGACUCCAUCCAGUCGGAAAAUAUUCAGAAAUAUUCCAUUUUCCCACAAAACGGAAUUUCACAACUGUUGUAUGAAAUGAGAGAUGAGUCAAAAACGUACAUACAGCACUGGUCAGCUACCUUACAUGGUAAAUUGCACUUGACAUUUGUGAGUGCAUACAUUUUCAUAUUGUUUUGUGUUGGUCCUGCAUGGGAUUCGAACCCAGAAUACUUGUUUUAAGGAUUGUGCACUUAACCAAGUGAAGUACAAUAUCCAGACGAUAAUGACAAUAUGAUACAUAAUUCAUAUUGACAGAAUAGCUAUCAUAUUGAUGUAAAUUACUACAUGGAAUUACUACAUUGGUGGUUCUCCCCUUACAAUGAAAAUAUUCACUUCCAAAGUUACAGGUAACAGCUACAAUUAUGACAGCAGCUACAGCGAAAGCAUUAAUAUCCUGCAUGCGGAUUAGCCUGGAAUCCCACAGAGGGCAGAGCAGUUCCCAGCCCCAUCCUCAUUUCGGUUAGUAACCAUAUUUGGUGCUGUGUUGCACUCUAGCAGCUUGGGCUCCAGUGAGCUCAGCGGAGGUAAAAGGAAACAAGGCUUUCCCUCCGGCUUUCAUGGCUGAACUUGAGCCUGAUAAGAACCAGAAUGGCAUUGGACUGUCCCAAGUCUGCUGUGUCACAUUAAAUAUCCUGAAUACAUACUGUCUUUAUGCUGAUGUUAGAAUACUUCCAGCAACUGGAUUGGAACCUAGUUGUUGUGUAGCUGAGUAUACUUAUCAUUCUCCUUUUCAUAUUGUCAUCUUGAGUUGACUAGUGACCCAUGUUACCAGGAUUUGCUAACAAAACAUUUUCCCCAACAACCAAUACUUACAAACAUUAAGAUUCUGUAAACUGUCAACUACACUUCUGUUUGUAACCGAUCCUUCGUGGGUAUCUUUUAAUUCUUACUUUUAAUAAAAACAUUUGAUUAAAUACCA